CGGUUCGUGUUUACAGCCGAGCGAGGCGUUAGUGAAAUUUAUAACGUAAAACACGGUAGUGUACAACAUAAUACACGCGUUGUAAGUGUUGGAAGCGUGUUAGCUCAGUUAGCCGUUGUUUACUGGCUGCUUCUGUUUGGGAUCGUGGAUGUUCGGCUAACCUACUUCAGUAAACAAAACUAAUCCUGAGAGAUCACUGUCCAGACAGGACUGUGGAUCUGAACAUUAACACCACCUCAUGUUCUUCAGGGACGACAGGUGACACGCGGUAUGUUUGGUGCUAACCGGAAGAAGUUUAUGGAGGGGGGGGUGGAGAGCGACUACGCGGACGACUCCAGCCUCUACUACAGCCAACAGUCCAUGUUCCCUCCUCACCGCCCUGACAAAGAUAUGCUGGUGUCGUCCUCUGCUUCCUCAACGGGUCAACUGUCACAGCUGGGAGCCAGUUUAUAUGGCCCGCAGAGUGCUCUGGGGUUUCCCAUGCGUGGUAUGAACAGCAGCGCAGCACCUCAGUUAAGUCGAAGUGGGCUCAACCAGUCUGCCAGCCAGCUCUCCAGUCAUGCCAGUACACCCAACGCUGGCACAAUGCACACACCUCCCUCACCGAGCAGGGGUAUCCUGCCCAUGAGCAGCCGGAGCGUGCUGAACCACAGCCAGCAGGUGGGGGGUCCGACGGGUCAGGCGGGAGGGAUGGGGGUAGGAGGAGAGAGGGGAGGCAGCGGUGGAGGAGGCAGGAGCGGCAGCAUGGGGAGUCCCAGCCGCUCGUCACCCAGCAUCAUCGGCAUGCCCAAACAGCAGCAAGCACGGCAGCCCUUCACUAUUAACAGUAUGUCAGGGUUUGGGGUGAACAGAAAUCCCGGCUUCAGCUUGAACAACUCGUUAUCCAACAACAUCUUCAAUGGCACAGACGGCAGUGAGAAUGUGACGGGGCUGGACCUGUCGGAUUUCCCAGCGUUAGCAGACAGGAGUCGGAGGGACGGAGGCUCGAAUCCCACCCCACUGCUCAACCCGCUGGCCGGUCGGGCUCCUUACGUUGGCAUGGUAACCAAGCCGUCCAGUGAGCAGUCGCAAGACUUCUCCAUCCACAACGAAGACUUCCCAGCUCUUCCUGGGCCAAACUACCAAACAAAAGACCCCACCAGCACCAGCGAAGACAGCAAAACGAAUCUGAAUUCAUCAGGAAAGCCCACCUCUAACUCAGAUGGUCCAAAGUUCCCUGGCGACAAGAGCUCUGCGCCUAGCAACAACAACCAGCAGAAGAAAGGGAUCCAGGUUCUUCCCGACGGACGCGUGACCAACAUCCCGGUUGGCAUGGUAACAGACCAGUUUGGGAUGAUCGGCUUGCUAACGUUCAUCCGGGCGGCAGAAACGGAUCCUGGCAUGGUCCACCUGGCGCUGGGCUCCGACCUCACCACACUUGGCCUCAACCUCAACUCACCUGAGAAUCUCUAUCCUAAGUUCGCGUCUCCCUGGGCGUCAGCUCCGUGUCGACCGCAGGAUAUAGAUUUUCACGUCCCCUCAGAGUAUUUAACCAACAUCCACAUAAGGGACAAGUUAGCAGCUAUCAAGUUGUCUCGGUAUGGUGAAGAUCUGUUGUUUUAUCUCUACUAUAUGAACGGAGGAGACCUACUACAACUACUGGCUGCAGUAGAACUCUUUAACAGGGACUGGAGGUACCAUAAAGAGGAGCGGGUUUGGAUCACCCGGGCUCCAGGUAUGGAGCCCACGCUGAAGACCAACGCCUAUGAGAGAGGGACCUACUACUUCUUCGACUGCCUCAACUGGAGAAAAGUGGCCAAGGAGUUUCAUCUGGAGUACGACAAACUAGAAGAGCGGCCUCACGUUCCCUCCACGUUCAACUACAAUCCUGCCCAGCAGGCCUUCUGAUUGGCUCUCCCUCCUCCUGCCUGCCUGCCAUUGGCCCUCCUGACUCAUCAGUCACCCCCCCCCCCCCCCCCCCCUCCCUCCCCCAGGGUUUUCUCACCUCCACACACUCAAAGAGAAUCUGGCCAUUGAGGACUCGGGACAGGAGAGGACGUCCUGGCUCCUGUUCUCUUAAACACUUUCUGAAUAGACUUUAUAAUUUUAACUUUUCUGAUUUUUCUUUGUUCUUUACCUCAUUUUCCUUUUUUUUUAUUUCCCACCCCUCCCUCCAUGGGUUUGGUUCAGUUGGUCUGUAAUGUGGAGCACAGACUUAAUGUCAACAGACAGCACAGUACAUCAAACACAGACACGCACUGUAAAUAACUGUCCAUCUGAUCGAGUGAUUCAUGUUUCUAUUCAGUCUUAAAAAUAAAACGACUAUUUUUGUCUAGAGAAGCUUUUAAGAACCAGAUUUUAACACAGGAUUCAAUCACCUGUCAGGAUGGAUAAUUAUUUCACAAUGUGUCAAACAGAAACUGAAGAUAUUUAUCUUUUAUUUUUACCAGGUUUCUCCAGCAUUACAAAUCAGAACACACAUCAGCAGACAGUGGACAGUCAGGAGAGGAAAUGCAAUGUACAUUGUAGCACUAUUUCAUAAUAAAAGGAGAAAAAUA